AUGUCUAAACGCACUGUAAGCAAUUCCCUUCGAACUCAAUGUACUUCUUCCUAUUUCUCACUGGCUGACGAGAUUAAGUUGUCUCCUUCCACCUCUUCCCGCCGAACUCGAGCAUCUACUACGGCAAUCCUACCUGACGUCGACCCCAAACAUCUCAUGCGCCAAACAAAAAGAAUGAGAAUUACUUCCCAAGCGCCCGUUCCUUCUCAACCUCCGUUGGUUGAUGCGUCUCGAGGAACGCUCGACACCAUUAAGGAUCGAUAUCAAUCCGCUCCUUCUCUCGACCAACAACCGUCUUUCCUCGAUGACCAGGUCAUCGAGCAAUACAUCGACUUCGACGGGGGUGCCGGGCCAUCCGCCACCGGUGAGAACCCAUCUCCUGCUAACUCUGUCGAGUCCGAACACGGUACCAUCGUUGAUAACCGAAAAUCUCCUGGUAAUAAGCCCACUGCGCCUCCUUCUGACUAUUCAGACGAUCUUGUCGAGGUUCCCCAUGAACUCGAAGGCAUUUUUCACGCCCCUCGCAAGAUUCCUGUCAAUGAUGAACUUGCGAAGGCUCUGGACGCUCGAAAAGACUCCGAAAUUGCUACUCUUUGGGCCAAAAUGACCUUCAAUUCUGUUCGUGACGCUCUGAAAGACGAAGCUCUUGAUCGUUUUCGCGAGACCAACGCCAUCAAACCCACUGUCAAGUGGUUUGGGAACGCGCUCGAUCGCUUGGCCCAAGGUUGGCGUCUCCGCAACAAGAGUGGCGCUGUUGUUCGUCUAGAGGGUGAACUCUGUUCUGAUUUCCAGCGUCGCCUUGAUGGCGGGGAAGAUUUUGUGUUGGUUGUAUUGGUCCUCGGUAUCACUGUCGGAGCAAAGAUGGUCACUUCCGAGGUAACUUUCGUCCUGGAGCACGAACUCUGCGCCGUUUCGGCCCGUUAUCGAUCCCUUUCCUCCCAGGAUUAA